AUGCUGGGUCGCGGCGGAGCAGCGGGAUGGCCAGCGUUGGCGCUGGUUGCGAUGGCAAUGGUGGCGUGUGUGCAGGCAGAAGAAGUCCUCACUCUCACAGAGUCGAACUUCGAUGAAGCUGUCAAGAAACAUAGCUUCAUGGUUGUUGAAUUCUACGCUCCAUGGUGCGGACACUGCAAGUCGCUGGCCCCUGAAUAUGAGAAGGCUGCCGUCGCCCUCAAGGGAGACAAGUCUGCCGGGCAGGAGAUCAUUCUUGCCAAGGUCGACGCCACCGUUGAGAGGAACUUGGCGGAGAAGUACGGCAUCGGAGGCUUUCCUACCCUGAAGAUCUUCGAGAACCAUGACGCCGCCGCUCCUUCAGAAUACGCUGGGCCCAGAGAUGCGACGGGCAUUGUCAGUUUCUUGAAGAAGCGAGCAGGACCAGCAUCGCUGGAGGUCACAAGCGAUGCACAGGCCAAGGAGCUCAAGGAGAAGAACUCUGUUAUCGUUGUCAACACCGGAAAGGCAGACAGCACGUGGACGUCGAUCGCUAACUCCAUGCGGGAUGCAGUGCUCUGGGUUCACACGUCCAACAAGCAGGCUAUGAGCGCGUUCGGCGUGAAGAGUGGGACGAUCACGAUGCUGAAGACCUUCGAUGAGAAGACUGUGACUUACUCCGGGUCGCUCACCGAUGCCAAGAAGAUCAAGGACUUUGUGAACGAGCACAGGGUUGAGAUCGGCCUGUUCGUGAAGAAGGGAGACCAGGGAGCCCUCAAGAUUGUGUUCGAGGACGAGAACAAGCCCAACGUGUUCCUCUUCACCAACGAUGACAAGGCCGGGCUUGACGCCCUCAAGGCUGUUGGCAAGAGCCACCGCAAGGACAUGGUCUUUGCUUACUUCGUCGCUUCCGACUUCCCCGAGGCGUUCUCCCACUUCAGCAUGGAGAAGUUCGUCGACUCCUCCUUGCCCAAGGUUCUGAUCGAGGACAGAAAGGAAGGACUCCGCUAUCUCAUGCAGGAGGCCGUAUCUCAGACCAGCCUGCAGAAGUUUGUCCAGGGCUACAAGGCCAAGACUAUCGAGCCCUACCUCAAGUCGGAGGAGGCGCCGGCCGACAACUCCGGGCCCGUCAAGGUCAUCGUGGGCAACACGUACGAGGCUGAUGUGCUCAAGAGCCAAAAGUGGGUCUUCCUUGAGGCGUACGCGCCAUGGUGCGGCCACUGCAAGCGCCUGGAGCCCAUCUGGACUGAACUCGGCAAGGCGUUCAACAAGGAGGAUGUGAUCAUUGCCAAGGUUGACGCAACUGCCAAUGACCUUCCUAAGUCACUCAACAUUAAGGGCUUUCCUACCCUGAUGCUCUUCAAGGGAGACGGGUCACUCCCUGAGAUGUACAGCGGAGGAAGAGAGUUCAAUGAUCUGGCAAGCUUCGUGACCUCCAAGACUGGAGCCAAGAUGAAGGAGGGAUUCAAGCCUUCCGUCACAGAGCAGGGCAGCUCAGAGACCACAGAAAAGAAGAUCCUCCGCUUCAUGGCUACCCAGUUCCAGCUCCCUCUCAUGGGCCCUGAGUACACCGUGAGCGGCCUCUGGCUUGCAGCCAUGGUGGUCUUCCUCCUCUUCAUUGCCUCCGUGUCCCUCGUUAUCGCCUGCAUCUCCAAGGAUCCAAGCCCCAAGGCCGCGGGUAACAAGAAGACCGACUAAGACGAGCACGAGAAAAUAUUUUAUUGAGUAGAAUUGAGUUGCGUUAGAACUUUAAACAUGCUGGAGGGAUCACAGUGAACUUGUGAGAGUGUGCCGGAGGCUCCUAGACACGAUCCCUGCCCUUCCUCCUUCUUUCUCUGCAUUCACGCGAAGUGAGUCUUAUCGUCCCAGUUGUCCGUCUCCAGCAGGGGCUUGCGGUAAGGUCCCAUGAAGUCAUGGUCAAUAGUAGACUCGCCCAGCUCUCCCUUGAGGUGGAUCCCAGUGAUUUGCUGCGAGACAAGCGACCCGACUGCAGGAGCAAGCUUGAAGCCGUGCCCUGAGAAUCCGUUGCAUGCCCACAAGCCCUUCACUUUGGUCUGACCGAUCAUGGGAUGGACGUCAUCCUGGUUCACGGUGUACAUGCUCGAGAACCCGACGAUGCUUCCGGAGGUAGGGAGGCCGGGAAGGCGGUGGAAGACGGCGUUCAAGUACUCCUGCUUGAAGUCCGGAUCGAGGUUCUGGUUGUAGUCGUCGGGAUCAACAAUCUCUGACUCGAAUCUGUGAUCGACGGAGCCGAACACGAGCUGGUUGUUUGCUCUACGUGGCAUGAAGUAGAUCCCAGACGCUCCCCAGGUGUCCGCAGUGAAGGGAAGAUCGCAGUACUCGUCAGGGAUCCACUUGUGACCCACCUGGAUGCGGGUGGGAAGGGCGCUGGUCGAGAGCUUGAUGUCGACGGUGUCAUUCAACUUGUUGAACCAGGGUCCAGCCGCGUUCACAACCACAGGCGUAUCGAUCACCGCGCCUCCCACAAGCUGCACUCCUGUGAGCUCGGCUCCGUCUCCCUUCUGUCCGUUCUUGGUCAACAGAGUGUCGACCUUCUGCUUGAACCUGACAUCCGCUCCAACCCUUUUCGCCGCAGCGAGAACAUCCAGCAGGCAGGUGGAGGAGUCCAGGUGGCCACAUCCAUGCUCAUACAGCACGGAGAACGGCCCAAGGUUCUGAUCGACCUCGUUUCCUUCCUCGUCGAACUUCGGGAAUGGCUCCGGGUUCAUGAGGGGGAACUUCUUGCGGAAUUCGGCUUCAUCGAGAACGUCAGAGUCGACUCCAAUCUUCUUCAGCCUCCCCUGCAUCAUCUGAUUGAAAUCCUUUGGCUUCCCAAGCAUCCACAACGCGCCAGUUUCAGUGAAGUACGCCUGGGCCUCAGGGUCUCUCAAGUACUCCUUCCAGUUCUUGUAAGCAGUGGUUCCAGACAGGGCCAGCUGCAUGGUCGGAUCGAAGCUGUAGAAGGCACGCUGGAAUCCGGUGGAAUAACCUGAGGAGCCGAACCCGACAGCUGCCGCUUGCUCGAGCACAAUAACCUUGAGGUUCUCAGCCCUGCGCUUGAGCUGGUAGGCGAUGUUGAGACCCAUGAUACCUCCUCCAACAAUCACAACAUCGGCUGUCUCCUUGGAACUCAUCCACCUUGCUCUUCCCGCCUCCUUCAACAGCCUCCCUCUCUUUCCUCCUCCUCUUGCCAUCGCCCGCAUGCCAUGCGCCGCAGCACUAAGCCACCCCUGCAUUGUUGACCGU